AUGGCUGAAUCCCAGCUCGUAUGCAUGGAGGACGGCCACAUCGGUGUGAAGGUCCCGGAGAACAAACCCGAGUUUUACUACAGCGAGGAGCAGCGCGCGGCUAUCGAGGAGCUGCUGAAGAAUGGCGACGGUGCCUUUAAAAUGCGACUCAAAGAUGACAACAUGAAAGACUUUCUGUCAGCCAGAGAAGUCAAACACAUACUGAACACUUUCACAAAGUACGACACGGAGGAUGGUGGCAGCAGCAGCAGCAAAAGCAAAGACAACCAGGCAUCACCAUCCGGUACCGACACGGACUCGGGGGUCCAUUCAACCUACUGGCCGCAGAUGUCAGACACUGAGGUCCCAGCGCUGGACAUAGGCUGGCCCAGCGGGAAUAUGUUCAAGGGGGUGACCCGGGUCGCUGUACACACACACCCGCCUAAAGACAACGGACCUCACAUCAAGGAGGUGGUGCGGCGACUCAUCCAGGAGGCCACUAAGGUGAGGGGACCAAGGGGGUGACAGAGGAUCAUUGGUGCUGUUAAUUGAUAAUUACAUUACAUUUAAAAAGCUAAUGGAUUUUAAAUAACUUUAUCAUUUCGUGAUGUUCAAGAAACAGACAAAAAUAUGAAAUUAGUUGUUAAAGUAUAGCUAAAGUGAUAUAACUGGACAUGAUUGAAGUGGUUUGUGUUUACUGUACUAACCCACACAACACCAUUAACAGGAAGUUGAGAUCAUUUUAUUACCUGCUUGAAUCCUGCUCAUUUCUGUGUCCUAGUUAUCUUUGCCCCCACUGUAUCCAUAACACACCUACACCUCUGUCAGUAUUCCUGACCACAUGUGGAAACAUCUGAUGUUGAGAUACUGUCUGAAAACAAUAACAUGCUGUUUUCAAGAGAAGGCAGGGACAGGUUGGUUUAGGUUACCUUUGAAAUAAGCAAAUAUGAGGAAUGUGAACAUGUUGAGGACAUGUUAAGGACAAUUAAGCAAAGGCUGCUUUGUCCACAGGGGGUGCCAAACUGAAGCAAAUUCAUAGUUCCUCACAGGAGUGUUCAUUAACUAUCAAUUGUGUGUCAAAAAAUUGAUGAUUUGUCCUUAAAACAGUAGCGGUUGCAUAUUUAUCAGGGCCGAUAUUCAGUUCUUUGCCCCAUCAUCCAGAUCAGCCUUAUAUAUAUGAAAAUAAUAAUAAUAAUCAUAAUAAAGUGGGUAAAAUUAAUCAACUUUGGCUCUUCUGCAGACCUGUCUUUUCCCCCUUGGUCUGUUUUCUUGCACCACUUUGCCUUACUUAUCAUUCCACCCACAGCACCUUCUGAUUGGCAUCACAUGACCACUUGAUGUUUCUACAUCCUGACAGUAAACUGUCAGCUGUUCAGGCCUGCAGAUGAUGUUGAACAUUUUAUCUUUUAUCAAACUUUUGUUUAAUACAUUUAAGAAAAGUUUAUGUCAGCAUUUUUAACAUUUCUUUUUUUUUUUUUUACUUUACUUAUAUUGUCAAUACGUGUCAGUCCGUUUAUGAGAUUAUUGGCUUAUGAACCACUAAUAAUCAUCAUCUGUAUCAGCCCUGGAAAACGGAUGUCUGUAAACCUCUACAAAUUAUAAUGUAACACUCCCAAUUAGAUCACUCUGAUUUUUUUUUCAUUUAUAGGCACUUGAAUGCCACAUAAACUCACCAUGUGCCUUUAAGUGAUUAUGUCCUGCUCAAUCUAUACUUUUGUAGGUUUCUCUGUCUUGGUAUUUACUCUCUUUUUUCAUAUUUUCUUGGUUUCCUCAUGUUUAAAUGUGACAUUAUAUCAACUAAACUCCUUUCUAGUAUAAAAUCCUCCAGAGUUAACAGAGCUUCAUUCCUAACAGCAAAGGUCUGCUAUCAGAAAAUAACAGGCUGACCAAUAAGGAGUGAGUGUUUAACACAGAUUUAUAAUAAAUCAUGAAAAAGUAGUGUGUACAGUCGGUCCCAAGACAAUAAAGCCUCUUUAUUAUUUAUUGUUUUGUUGAAAGACCUCUCUUGUUUAUUCUGUGCUCAGCAUAAUCAUGCAGACAGUGAACUUUAAAGGGUCGUUUGAAACACUGUAGUUCUGUGCUCUAUCCUACCGCUCCAAACAACAGUGAAGGUCUUUGACUCUGACUUGAAUAGUGAACUUUUCGGGUCAGCCCUGUGAGGCAACUCAGCAGUGAGUCAGAAAGAGUUUUUCACUGCUGAGUUGCAAACUGUUGCCACAAACUUCCCUGCAAACUUACUGCAGAUCUUACAAUUUGAAAUUAAAGGCUUGGCCCCAAAAGAACAAACCCAUUUAUUGAGGGGUUGUUCGCUUUCAUCCAUUACGUGAAUGUCCUUUGCUUUGCCAUUUGGUUACUAACCGAUUCAAGCUAUCUCCUGGGCUCUUACAUUGUUUGCACAACUCUCGAGUUGAUUUGCAUUAUAAUUCCCAGGCUGGUUGAAUGAAACUCAAAGUGAUUAAUACCUCCUGACACAGUCAUCUGGAGCCUAAAGUGGGCUUGUGUAUUUGAGCUGAUCAUCAAAAUGUUUACUCACGGACUGCUCGAGCUCUGCUGAGUCAUCUGUUCCGCAAACUCAGCCUCACACAGAGGCAGGGUCUUCUCUGCUGGGCUCACCCUGCCUCUUUAAAACUGGGUCAAGGAGGACAAGAGAGAUGUAAUAGUCCGGGUUUUGUAAUUGGCUUUAUUAUGCAACUAAUCUGUGGAUUUCCCUGUCUUUUCCUACCCCCUGUUCUCUUUUGUUUUCACUUUGUUUCAAACAUAUUUUAACCUCGUUGUCACCAUUUCCUCCUGAAUACAGCUAUUGUACCCGAAUCAUUGCAUGUGUGGAAACCCCAGCCCUCUAGAUUCCAAUUUUUUGUAACUGUCUGUACUCUCUUGAGAAAAAAGUGAUUUAUAGUAAGCAGAUUGGUUUAUUCUUCCUGGUUGUUCUGCCGUUCAGUUAUUACAUUUCAUCUAUCAGCGUCCAGCAGCUAUAAUUGUCACCUCAGUGUUUUGCAAACUAGUUCAACUCCUUCUACGUUUUGUUUUUUAGAUAAACCGCAGAUGUAAAGUGGCAUCUCAUGUUUGUGGGUGUUUCCUGAACUUGUCAGAGAAAGCAGUUAGUUAAUUACACUGUGCGUUGUUUAGCCUGGUGUGCAUGUGUGGAAUGUUUCAAACAUAGCAGCGUCGAUAUCAGACAGGCAAAGAGCCCUUCCUUAAAUAACACACACACACACACACACACACACACACACACACACACACACACGCUAAAGAUAACACAUGUUGAGUAACCAGUUCUCCUGGAGGCAGCAUGUUCAUCUUUGUGCACAGAUAUUACACCCUGUGAAGGCUAGCUUGCUUCUUUGUAGUCAUACACACACUUACACACACACACACACACACACACACACACACACACACACACACACACACACACACACACACACACACACAGAGGGGUCAGCUCUGUGGUCUUCCUCAUACAGAGACCAGGUGGAAAUAUCAGGCCUCUUCUUCCUGACAGAGUAACAUUUGUUGCAAAUUUAAAGGCACAGUUUUCCAUGACUAAUCUUUUACAGGGAACGGUGGAGCAGCUGAAUAAUACACAUUUACCCUAACUCCCUCCUCUGCUGGGGCUGUACAUGUCCCAACAUGUGUGAGAAGACAGUCUCUCUCUCUCUCUCUCUCUCUCUCUCUCUCUCUCUCUCUCUCUCUCUCUCUCUCUCUCUCUCUCUCUAUCUCUCUCUCUGUGUCUGUGUCUCCUUCUCUUUAACUCUAAACUUUCUUCAUGCUCCUCUACCCAGAAGCAAUGCCCAUGUUAAGCUAACUAUUAUGCUCUACCACUGGGAUGUAAACAAGCACAGGUGGAAUUUUAAAAAAUGGAGAAAGUGUUAUUUGAAGGCUGCAAUCCUUAAGGUCCUUACACAUCAGGGCCAACACGAAUAUAGAACGCAAAAUUAUAAAAAAUUUGGCGAAUUUUGACCCGCCUGUCUAUACACAUCAAGCCCAAUGAGGGGGGGGGGGACACAUCCCGAGUGGAAGCGAGAAGACUGACACAACAGCAGACUGACUGUUUUCAGUUCUGAUUAGACACUAGUGUUGAGAUGUCUGUCUGUCAUGAUAGCAUCAGGGCUCUCAAGUUUUGAACUAAGCUUAGAGUGAGAUUUCCUGGGGGGGGGGGGGGGGGGGAUUGAAGAUAACUAUUGGUAUAAUUAUCUCUUAAAUACAACGGAAUAUAAGGGGCACAAUUAGAAAAAAAAAACGUUUUUAAAUAUUAAAGAAUAAAGUUAUUAUUUGGGAGAAUAAAGUCAUUAAUAUCAGUAUUAAGUCGUAAAGUUACCUGUUGUGAAGGAGAGUUGUUAAAAUCAGCACUGUGGAGCAUUUACUUUAGUAUAGGUUUCACAAACAUGGAGAUACUUAAGUACAAUUCAAUACUUAAUCCUUUGGUACAUGAGCAUUACACUGUCAUGAGUAUCAGAACUUAUAUUUGAGAUAUAUGAGAAAUGCUGCUUCUGUGGAGGGGAAAAUGGCUGGAAAUGGCUGUACAGAGACUAAAUCCGUCAAUACAGCUGUUAAUAGCAAUAGCAUAGGGCUUUAGUUUAUCAUAUGAGUUUAUAUGCCAUGAGGUGUUGAGGUCUCUGCAUGUGUAGGUUACUGACUUACUGUAAUCAUCGGGUCUAUCUCGUCCUUAUAAAAACCUGCUCUAUUACGGCGAGUGUCUGUCUUCUUCUGUAGUCAAACCGAAAGAUAUCAAAAUCUACUCGGAUACAGCAAUGCUGCUUUUUUAUUGGCUGUUCAGUAGAUAUACUUUAUUUGAUUGGCUUGCGCGUGGCACGCAGCUUCUGAACUCUCGGAGGAACUCAGUUGAUUCCUACCUGUUCCAUAGUUAAAGAGGUGCAACUUGGUGGACAUCACCAUGUUCAUUUAAAUGCGUGAGAAAUACAAUGUGUGGCGUGUGAGCGUGUGAACGGGUGGGAAUGCGUGUGUCACACGCUGAAUGCGUGAGACUUGAGAGCCCUGUAGCAUGUACUGAGUCGGGGCCAGUACCAGAUAAGCACAUUAAACUAUAAUCCAUAAACGUAAGGUAACAACUGAGACCUAAUGGUGCUGUGACAGCAAUGCUGUGAUUGAGUUUGAGACAGUGAAAAUACAUAUGGUAUGUUGUAUCUGAACAGGUUAUCUUACGAGCUAAAGUUACUUAGCACAGAUGAAAGUUAAAACAAAGAUGUUUAGCAAACUGUUAAAGCACUCAAACCAUCGUCAUAUGAGAAAUCCGACGCUAUGACUCUCCACAAGUUGUCCUUCAGGUCGUUAUCUUUGUAAUAUUUGUGUCUUUUAUCAAAAAGCACUUUAUUCUCUGACACGUAAACAAUUAGCCGGUCGGCCAUGUUGGAUUUACCGGUGAAUCAGACGUCGCAACAACAUGCAAUCUGAUUGGUCAGAAGUGGACACACAGUAUGCAAAACCAAAAUGAAGUCACUGCAGAAGUUCUCAAACUGCAGUUCAUUAAGUGUUCAGAAGCCAUAUACUGUACUCGCCCUUCCAGAGAAUCUCAUCUUUACAGUACAAAUAAACAUGUUUGUUGCCCGGCUUUGUCUGACCAUUUAAUUCAUUCCAUAUUUCUGGUACAAGCAAUCACAUUCUUAUAUACGACAAAGUGGUUGUAUAGGCCUGUGACCAAUCAGAUGAAGGCAGCAUGUGACACAGCACACAGUCGCUACAUUUACAUGGGCGCAAAUAAUCGAGGAAAAAAAAUGCGCCAUGUAAACAUGUCGAUGAGAAGAUUCUGAUUCAAGAAAAUUGUAUUCCGAUCGAGAGGGAUGGUUUAUGCCGAUCGUUAUUCCAAAACGCGUCCAUGUAAACACUUAUUCCGAUCCUGACUCUCUGUUGGGGCAAAACUAACCUGACUGCGCAGGUGUGCCCUACGUCAAUGUGACGCAUUUCUGCCGUUAGUAACAAGACGUAAACAUGGCAGGAUCCAAGAGCGAUUGGUCUGUGCCUGUCGCAACUUCUUGCUGGAUACAGUCUCUUCAUGUAAUGCAAGAUCAUUAUGUGCUUCUGGGCCUGCUUGAUGAUCAUGUAUGCUAGGAGCAAUACAGUUGCUCUUAAAACCUAGUACAGGUCGAUUCUGAAUGGAAGGAAAAAUCCUGAAUCGGAUGAAGUGAGCCACCAUUGCUAUUGUUGGUUUGUUGACAGAACAGGCGUGAAUACAACUUUUCUUCUGCGGCUGUCCAAAGGCUUCUAAUCUGAAUAAAGCAUGGUACAUGUAUAUGCAGAUCAUGAACAGAUUAUUUGAUUUUGCGCUCAUAGAAACAGUGUAUUCAGAUUUUCCGAUCCACUCAAUUUUUGAUCGGAUCAAGAAAUUUAGCACAUGUAAACAUGGCUAGUGACAGAAAUGUAAAAUACGAUGCCAAGAAAAGAAAUACACCUCUCUGACCAGUGAACAAAGCAUAUGCUGAAGCUUCUCUCCUUCUUAUUUUUUAAGAAUAUGCUGCUGGGUUGGCGCUCCUGUGUUGUCAUCUUAAAUAUAGAUCUCAAGUCUGCGACAUGAGUUUGCAAAAUUUCAGAGAGCUUUUUGUGAAAACUUGCAUGUGCAAAUAGUUGCAAAGGUUUCAUGUAAGGUGGCCCGUACAUAGAAUCAUUAAAUUUAGACAGGAUCUGGAGGAGUUUCCAUAUGAAAGAGGUUCUUAGGAUGCACUGCAGUAAAAUAAGACAAGAGUCUGUAGUGGAAAUCACUCCCAAAAAAAACAAGGUCUUUAAACACAAUGUGUUGUUGAACCCACAACUAUAGUUUAAAACUGUUCCAGGGUUUUCAUAAAUCCACUUGAUAAAAGGUGCAGAGUGCCUAAACAAUUAUCUUCCAUCACUGAACUUUCACUUCAACCUGAGGAGUGUGGCUGCGCAGACAUAAAGCAGGUGUACGCCUCUCUAAGGCACGGCAUCAAAGAAAAUGAUUAAAAGGUUUUGUUCUUUGAUGAUCCUCCUGUGAGAAAGUUUGAGAGAAUGAAAACCACACCCGUCUUUUACAUUCAUGUACACCUUGUUAGUCUGCAGAGCUCUGUGAUGACAGGUGUGCAGGCCACUUAGUUUAACAAGACUCAAAAAAAAAACCACACAAUUGGGGAUCAAUUAAGAUAUUAUAAACUUAGACGGAUGCAUAUAGAAAUAAAAGUAUAACAAAUUGAAUUAUUUUUCCAAAUAAUCACUUCCUCUAUGGCUCAUAACCUGUAACAGCACACUGAAAAUCACCAACCAAGCAGUGAGUGACUGUCUACCGCAGAAUACUAGAACAUAAGUGCUUUUAGUUUCAGCUGUUAAAGUUUCUGAGGAUAGACUGUUUCAGAAUAUUUCACUCUGAAUAUUCAAACCAAGUUUUUUACAAAGCAUGUUUUUUACAUGCGUCACUACAUGUACUGUGUGGGUGUGGUGGUGCAUACGGGAUGUCACUCCAGGACUAAUGGUUGAAAGUGAACUUUGGUACCUCUGUUUGUCAAAGGGUGGUCAUUUAUUUUCUUCCAUUUUCUUCCAAAGCUAGGAAGGGGCACUGUGUGUGAAACUUUUGUUUAUCUGCUUUACCAUGUUAAUUAUGUCGCACAACAAUCCUUCUUCUUCACAGAAAAGUGAACACUUAAGCCGUCAGAUUGAGCCCUAGCUAUCUCAUAGUUACAAGUACAUUCUUUUGAGCAUGUUUGACUGCAAGGUUAGCUAGUAUGCAGACUAAAAAUUGAGGUAAAUAAAAAAAUUGUAGCUAACAAACUCCUGAAGGUAGAAAAAAGAAAAGCAGGCCUGCCUCUUGGUCUGUGUUAGAUUCAGAACAUUCAGAGGCUAAGGCUUGUUAGCUGUUGUUGGGUUGGCACACCUUUGGUUCUCAUGGGGGUCCACUAAUUACCAGCCUUGGCUGAUUGUCAAGGCGAUGUUGGAUAUUGAACAAGUUAUCAACAAAGUUGUUUACCUCAAGGGGUGUCCUGCUCUCAAACUCAACUAUCAGAUCAUAGCUGAUCUGGACAUUUCUUAACUGACCAGGAAUCAAUCAUUUAAGCCGAUCAUCUCACCCCGAUCAUUAAUGUCGGCAGAGCUGGAUUUUGCAGCUAAACAAAAAUACUAUGGGGAUAUAGCAUUAGCAACUUCAUGGUCAAAAUGUCAGCAGUGUGGAGAUAAUUUGAGGGAGCAAAAAACAGUCCAGCAGCCAUUUGUGCAAGGCAGUAGCAGUAAAGCACUGUAAAUCAAAAAGCAAACAUGCAAAUGUAAUCAGCACGUUCACUUUUCAUCAGAGGGAAAGCACUGCUACACUAAGGCAACAAAAUCUGGAUUUCAAAGGGAAAGAUAAACAUUAGCUAAAGAGAUCACAGUGGGGGUGGUUGAAGUCAUCGCAUUGAACAACCAGGUGCUAUCCCUGACAGAUAAUAGAGUUUUUUGCAGCCUUAAAAAUGAUUUUAGACACAAUAUGACCACUGUUAGUUUGACAACAGACCUUUGUUGCUCUUACGAUCGUCUAAUGUCAUUGCUGAACUUCACACACUGGAUCAUUUCCUCCUGUUUUAGGUAUAAGCGUGCCAAGUUUCAUACCACACAGACCAGUUUUGUGGAUUUCCUGCAGCAGAGCAUGUAAAAUAGGCCAACAAGGACGUCACAUGGGAAUUAAAAAGGCAACAAAUAAUCUCAAAAUAUACUUGUAUCAGGUCAGGACUUGGUGUCUACAGAUGCUAACAAAUUCAAAAACUCAGAUCAUGAUCAAGCCCCAAAAAAGCUGAUUAGGACAUCCCCUAGAACAGUGGUUCUCAAGUCCAGUCCUCGAGGCCCACUGUCCUGCACACCUGAUUCAAAUGAUCAGCUCGUUAUCAAGCCAUUACAGAGCUUGAUAACGAGCUGAUCAUUUGAAUCAGGUGUGCCCCAGAACAUGUAGUUUGUGUAAUUCAUUUUUCAGACACUAGGGGUCACAAUUGGAAUGCUAGAGUUUCUGGUUUAUCAGAGAGUAAAAAAAGCUAAUAUAUGUGUAUAAACGCUUACAUAAAAUUCCGAUAAUUUUCUGUAGUUGAUUAUGUUCAUCACUUUUUGGUUUAUGGCUUAAAAACACACAACAGCACUUGUGUUGACCUUAAAUGCCUUCACCACUUACUUGCAGUUUAUUACAAGCUACAGUGAAGGAAACACUACAGGCCCUGAUGAAUCCCCUUUUUUGGUCAAAGCGAAGUGCAAACCUCAGCUAAAGCAGAAGCUGAAACCUCUCUGUGGACACUGACAGAUUCACCUCUUUCCUUGUGUUGCUGCAAAACUCUGUGAUCUGUCAGCCAGGAAGUUUGGUGGUUUUCCAGCAGCUUGGACUCUUUAGCGUGACCUCACUCUGCCCUCUGGGUGAGUGCAUCAGCGGGUAGAAAAAGUGCUUAAGUUAAACAGACUGGCUUCACCUGCUGGUUUCCUUUUAUCUGCCAAAGACGACAUUCUUCCUCACCGCAUUUUAUAGUUUGUUUUUCUUGCUCCAGAGAGCUAACGUAGUUCUGAGUCUGAGAUCACAUCUAUGUUUUUAACUACUUCUCACUUAGUAUUAUUAACUCUUCACAACCUCCUGGCAAAUCACAUCUUUCAGAUAGAAUCAAUUGAAAAAAAUGAUUGCUCUAACCGAUGUGAAUCCAGCAUUUGAGAAGAAAUUGUUGACAUUAAAUAUCAUUAGCUGAAGGAGGGUAAUGCACAUUUUAUCGUGGCGAUACAAAUCUAAAAAAGCCCUGGUCAUGGUUACAUUUCAGUGUCAUCUUUAAAGGUACAGUCUGUAGUUUUAGCAGCAUUUAACAUAACAGACUUGGUAGAAAUGGAGUGAAAUUGGCUAAAUAUAAAGAUCAUUUCAUUUUUUUUUGGAGAAUGUACCAGUCAUCUCAUGCAGAAUAGGACAGAGUAUUUCUAUUUCUACAAGGCUUGGUUACCGCUGACCGAUCUGAAGUGUUUUCCAACAUCGUUUUGUGAACUUGUGUUGUGUGCAAGAAAAGUAAGUGCCAAACAAAAAGUGCAAAUGAAGACCAGCAAUAACAAUUAACCUUAAAAUCGACCAUAAACAUACAUUUGCAUAUGUAACCAGUUAAAAAUCCAGCUGCUACAGAGAUUAGGAGAGUCAUUAAGUCAUAAAUCAUCUCAGAUUGACUUGUUUUGCUUGGCCUCGAUCCAGGGAAAUAAUUUUUGUUGUGCUCAACCAACCAGGUCUGCUCUCUCCUGCCGUCUUCUUGUAUCUGUAACUAAGUUAAAGUAAAACACAACAAAAUGGCUGCUACACGUCUUUUUUUUUUUUUUUCCUUCUCUCAGGUAAUAGCGAUAGUGAUGGACCUUCUCACAGACAUUCACAUCCUGCAGGACCUGAUGGAUGCAGCCUGGCGGCGCUCGGUACCCGUCUACAUCUUGUUGGAUAACCAAGGCGUGCCGCAUUUUCUGGAUAUGUGCUCCAGGCUGCAGAUUGGCUCUCAGCACCUUCGGGUAUGAUGACAGCAUUACAUAAGAGUUAAAUGUUGCAUAAUGUGUCACAAGGGGAUGACUUUACUUCCAACUUAAAGAGAUGACGGUAUUGGUACUGUGAAGUUUCAAUGGUCUUAGAUUUAAAUGGUUUACCACAGACCUGCUCAGUCAACACAGCCUUAAGUCUAUAAGGAGAUUUUAGAGCAUUUCAGCAGAACCUUGCACUUGUCCACAGCACCAAAAUGACCACAAACUGGUUUGCUGACCAUAGUAUUACUGAGCUUGAUCGGUCACCUGACCUGAACCUCAUAGAGAAUCUUGGGGCUAUUGUCCAGAGAAAGAUGAGAGACACCAGAGCAACAAUCCAGAUGAGUUAAAGGAGCUAUCAGAGCAACCCGGGCUUCAUAACACCCUGCCACCUCGCCACUGUCUCCUGUGUUUAUCUUCUGGCGUAUUGAUUUCCUGUUCAUGGUUCGGUUCCAAUUCUUUGUUUCCUCAGCGCAUCCGAGCCCGAUCACUCCAUGGAAUCGGCUUCAACCUGUCCUUCGGUAGACUUCCUGGUUCUCUGUGUAACAAGUACAUGCUGGUGGAUGGAGACAAGGUGGUGUUUGGCUCUUACAGGUGAGAUCCUCUGCUUGCUUUGCACUGAAACAUUUUAUUCCUGUUUAAUGAGAAUUUGUGUUUGUUGGGAUGUGUUGAGAUUGCAUGAUGUUGAAUAGGCAGUAACUCGUAGAUUGAAGGUCUUAGUUGAAAGGUUUGAGGAUGUUAGAUGUUAGUGAGUCCUCUUGUGUUUGUAUGAAAUUAAUAGAUUGUAGGGAACUGAUAAGAAAAGUCUGAAACCACAUCAUUUGUCUCUGUGUCAGUUUCUCCUGGUGUACGUCCCGUAUGGACCGGAACAUGAUCACUGUGAUGACGGGUCAGGUGGUGGACUUCUUUGACCAAGAUUUCCGAGAGCUUUACGCCAUCUCAGAUAAAAUGGACCUUUACAAAGAGUUCCACGUCAGUCCACCUGCUGCCAACAAGACUGAGACAUUACGCCCCAAACGUCCUCCUUUGCCUGCCACCACGUCACGCUUCCAGGUCACCUUGGGGGAAUCGCGGAAAGCUGACAUCCAGGUGCCUGCGCACAAAUUCUACAACCCCAAAUACUCAUUGGUGUUUGGGGACAACCCGCCUCGACCACCAGGGUCUCUGCAGGCACCUGGACCCAAAAGAAAGCAGACUCUGGCUGAAGUUCUUGAGGAGAUGGAGAUGGAGACAGAAAAGCCAAAAGUGACGAGCAGUGAUAAGACAGAGCGGAUGAGUCCGCUGAGUGCAGUAGCCCAGCUUGAAAUCACGAAGAAGCCAGAUGGGGCCACGCCAGAGAAACAGGGACGGCGGACAUUGAGGGUUGACUGGGAUAAACUGAACAAUAAGGAUCCUCCCAACAACCUGGCAGAAGGUCCGAUCCUCCCACCGAAAGAAAGUAAAAAGAAGCCCCCACGCCCACCCACACCAGCCCAAAAAAGCCCCACAACCACAGAAACCCACAAGCCUGAGGAGAGUCCUAAGAUGGUUGUGAAAACACCAAGCAAAUUAAAGGGUAGGAAGCUGUCUAAGCUGGGCAGGAAGGCAGUUUCAGAACAAGAGGUCAACUCUGGACAAGACAAUGAGAGUAAGUCAACAAAAUGUGUCAUUCGAAUCCAGAAUAAACAUUAAUGUGUAAAGACUGAAAUCAGUGAGAUGUGAAGAAGCAACAAUAGCUCUGUUCCAAUCCAGGGGCUGCAGCUUUAAAGGGCCCAACCUAACAGAGUAUUACUUUGCUGUUUGAAAGUCUGCCAUCUUGUUUAUAUUGGUGCGCAAACAAUCACGGUGUAUGCUGCACCAUGAAAAAUGCAGCCUGUCCAGUAUUUGGAAGGACCUUCAACACACCGCUGUGGCACAUUCAGUCUUUAGGAAAGCUACAGCCCCUGGAUAGGAACACAGCUAUGACUUCACAUUAUGUCUGUGCUAACUCAUCCUUUUUUUAAACAUAUAUUUACUGUUGUGUUUUUCUCACAGGUGUCGGAAGUCGUCGUCGAGGUAAAGGCUGUAAAGUCUCUUGAGGUGAAGCCUCCAGUCCGACCUCAGAGCACAUUACAUUUUUGGAACAUUUUACAGAGGGACAUUUUGAGCACUAUCUUUACCUGUGAUCAUGCAGUCAUGUAUAUAUUUUAUUAACAGCACCUGCACCUUACAGAGAGACCUCAUGAAUGUACAGUCCUGUGGGCAAUGAAAUGCACAGGUGUGGUGCCAAAUUAGAAAUACUAAGGCAAACGUCAACACGCUCGGGUAAAAGAUAUUCCCUGGUGAUUUAUUGCAGCUAUAUUGCGCUGAAGUUUCUUGAUCAGGGAACAGACAGAUGGUUUUAUGGGAUCAACUCUAGUGAAGUUUAUGUUUUAUACAUUAAGCGCAAAAGACAUCUUUAACGGUUUUUGGGCGUAAGGGAAUCUAAAAGAAGCAAUAAUCUGAUGUUACAAGUUUCUACAUGUUAUCGAUCUGCGGUUGUCCUUAAAAAACCUGAAUUCAGAGCAGUAAAACGUAUAACUGAGGAUGCAUCAGACCCUUUCAGAAUGAAACAGAAUUGGCAAUUAAAGUGACUUAAAAUUUAAUGACAUUUGGCUCAUUUUAAAUUGGUUGUAAACCUGCAUUUCUGUCUAUUUAAUGUGCUCUGAUGCAGGAAGUAGCAAUGGUGAGAUGAAGCCUCUUUCCAUCCAAUUGCUUCACUCCUGGGCCAAAGCUUCAUUGUGCUUCAUUUGCUCUACUGUGCCAUCAAGUGGACAAUAAAUGUAAAACAGGUUGAGUAAUUAUCAAAGACACGCCGAGGCUUUGGUGUGAGUAUGAAAUGAGUAAAUGUAAUGCAAUGGGUUUGUGAUACCAGUACAGAAAUUAUAAAGUUAUUAAUAUGGUGUCAAUAUGGAGGACAUAAAUAAUAGAGAGGGUUGUGAUGUGAAUGUGCUUGUGUUAUUUGGGUUGUGACUGUGCUUUUGUUUCAUUCAUUUUUAUUUCAAUACUUCUUUUCAACAAGCCUGAAGUCUAUUGACUGUGAUUGGGACUCAGUUGCGUUUUGCUGCCCCUUAUAUUUCGAAUCAUCCACCAAACCUGCGAACCGGUUCCUGAAUCAGUCACAUGGUACUGUCAGCUCAGAAGGCUUUGAAUGUCAUCACAUACGUCACCACCACAAGCUUCAAUUUGUGCUUUACUGAAAUUUUCCAGGAGUACUUGACACACGCUCUGAAGCCUUGACACUAAAGAAUACAUCACUAUCCAGGAGCCUCUUCCACUGCUGCCGUGCUUCAGAGUUGUUGUCAUUGGCUGAACUUUUGUUUCUCUAUCUAAAAGACAAAUUAUAGAAAAGUUUGGAAAGGGACAAAAAAUACCCAGUUACAGAGAACCUGUUUUUUGUUACAAGAUUUCAGCCAAUCUUUUUUUUUUUUUUUUUUUUUGGUGUAUUUAUUGAAUCUUUUAGAUCUUUUAUAACACUAAUGGCACAGAAAAAAGACAUGCACUCAAGGUUAACAUGCACAGGUUUGGGGCUACGCAGAAACUAAACAUCAGAUUUCUUUAUGUUUUUAGAGUGUCUUAUCUGGACCAAGUCUUUUCACUCAUACUCAUUGUUACUCGUGUUUACUCCUCCACUUUGGAAAAACUUUGACUCUUUGCCCAUGUCAAGUGGUUACAUCCAACACUUUUAGAUUGAUACUUUUGUGUAAAUUAUGGAAAAAAAGCAUAAUGCCACCUGUGAAAUCCUACAACAGGACAUAAACAGGAUCUUGAGUGGUUUCUUUGUCAGGUUUACAAACCCUCAUCUCUUCUGUGCUGACAAGAUCCUGCUUUUCUGUACAUGUUUUUGUUUUUACACAGUCUUUAUUUUCUUAGGUGUGUUUUAUUUGUGAAAAAUAUUUGCAGUGUUCAUUUUGUAUAACAAUUCGCACUUCUAACACGAGGGAAUUUUUUAACAGAGUUUGAAAUAAAUGGUCUCAGAACAUGAACAGCUUUAUGAGUUAAAAUGACAUUUUUUGUGUGCAGCCGUUGUGAGAGCAGUCUCUUUGGGUUGAUCAGUGUGCACAAUGACACAAGCAGGGCUCUGACAAUCACUGUGGAGACAGCGCCAUCCAGUGGUGAGGAGCAGACAUGAAAUCUGGAGUCCAAUCACUGCACCACACAAACUCUCCACUAGCUGCCCCUCUUGUCCACUCUUCUUUCAGCUUGUCUUCUUUGGGUGUUGGUAAACAGCUGAGACCUAAGAGGGCAACCACAGGCCUGCAGGGAACUCGGUUAAGUUGAGGGGGAUGUGGUGCAACACUGAAACAGGAUGUCAGAUGCUGCAGGAAGAGGCGUCCUCACAUGAAUAUUAAACAUGAAUAAGUCUAAUAAUCAACCG